AUGAAGAACAAAACAACUUUCUCAAUCGACUACAAAUUCCCUUUGGUGACCAAAAUAACUGAUUACGAUAUUACUUUCAACAUUGAUGCCAACGAGAUAGAAGAUAAGGUCUCUAUGAAAGACAGCUGGCUACAUUGGAAGUCCAAUGGUCUGAUUCCUAUACUGGAUGAUCUCGAGCAAGUGCUGGAGCGAUUAGGCAGGGGCAUCUUUGGUGGGAAUAACGUUGCGGGAACAGAUGCGUUGGAAAAGCGUCAUAAAAAGAUGCGAGAGGUGCUACCGAAAUUCAAAUUUGGGACCAUCGGUUUGGGAUUCUUCCUCACUACAAACCUUUUAAACCCUGGAGCCCAAGUGAUCAAAGUCGACAAAAAGGUUGGUAUGCGUCUGCCUGGAAACAUGCUAGUGGUUGGUGAAGUUAUUCAGGGUAAAGAUAUGGAAAAGAAGGUUCGUGGAUAA